CCGCGACCACCACGCGCCUCCGCAGCCAUGCCCGCCGCGACACGCAUCCCCCUCGCCGCCGUCGUAUGUCCGUCUGCGCCGUUCCUUGCGCCGCGUCUGCUGGCCGUCUCCGUCUCCGUCCCCGUCUGCGUCUGCGUCCCCGUCUCCGUCCCCGCGACCGCCCUGCAGCGCCAGCGCCAGCACCCCCAGCACCCCCAGCACUCCCAGCAGCGGGCGCUCUCGACCACCCCACAAUGCGCCGACAACGCGGCCCGGGGCAAGAAGAGCGGGCGCAGCUACUUCCUCGAGAUGCGCAAGCGCGAGAAGCAGCUCGCGAACCGCAUCGCCCGCCGCACCAGCAGCGGGCCGCGCACUGAGACGCCGCCGGCCGUCGUCGGGCUGGCCCUGGACAUGCAGCAGCGCCUGCGCGACCGCGACAUGGACCGCAUCAUGCCGCUGUACGAGCCCGCGCGCGACGCGGGCCUCAUCGACAGCCGCGCGACGUACGCCAUCUGCCAGGCGCUGCACGAGGCGGUGCGGCGCGACGCGGCCCGCAAGGACUCGUCGCGCCUGUCGACGCUGCUGCACUUUGCCGCCCAGCUCGUCGCCGACGUGCAGAACCGCCGCAUCCGCCCGCACAACUUUGCGUACGUGCACCUGCUGAGCGCCUACAAGGACGCCCGCCACUUCGCCCAGGGCCGCGACCUGUGGGACUGGCUGCGGGUGCAGGACGACUCGCACUGCUCCCAGGGCGCCUACGGCGCGGCCCUCGAGCUGCUGAGCUGCGGCAACCUGGCGGCCCUGCCCGAGCUCGAGGCCCUCUACCAAGACGGCCUGCAGCGCUACCCGGGCACCUUCGCCGCCUACCACUUCUCGCCCGACGCCGUCGUCCCCGACCGCACCCAGCCCGUCCACAUCGCCGGCCUGCCCAACACGCUCUUCCAGGGCAUCCUCACCGCCCGCCUGCGCGCCCACGACUGGACCGGCGCGUACCUGGGCCUCGACACCGUGCUGCGUCUGUACCCGGCCCAGACGGCCCAGCGCGUGUUUGAGAUGUUCGUGGCCGAGCGCCCGCUGCUCGAAGCCUACACGGCCUACAUGCUCGCCUGCCGCUCGGGCGUGCAGCUCAGCGGCGGCCAGGUGACGAGCGUGCUGAACCGGCUGCGCGUCGCCAUGACGCAGUCGCCCUCGCUCGAGGUCCGCUUCACGCUGCUGCGUGCCAUGGCCAACGCCCUGCACGCCUACCAGCAGUGCGGCGGUCCGCUCAGAGGCAUCCACGUUGGCGAGUUGAUCAAGGCGUUGGAGUUCCUGCUGCCGGAAAAGGCGCCUGGACAGGACUUCACCGGCGAAGAGAUGCCUCUGCGCAACAUCAUCGCCGUCACCGGUCAGCGCAUCAUGGCCGACCUGAUCCAGUCUGGCCUGUCGCUCUCCUCGUCCCUCUUUGUUCCCCUCAUCUCCCUCGCCGGCAAACUGCGAGCCCCCGAGCUGUUCAAGCAGACGCUCGACGACGCCACCACGGCCGGCAUCACCUUCUACGCUGUUGAGCGGAGGACUGUGCUUGCAGCAGCAGGCCAGAUCAAGGAUCGCGACGUCGUCAGAGCCCUGUGGUACGUCAUUGUCGCUGCCGCUGACAAGGAAGGGUCCCAGCUCACGUACAACGACUGGGUCACCUUUGCCAAAGCCUGCCGGCGCGCUGACUUGGUGCACUUCUUCGAGGAGCAAUUGAGCGAGCAGGCGCAUGCCAUCUCGGCUGCCGUUGAGAAGCGCGCCCGCUCUGCAGCCUCCAGCCCAGAACCCGGCGCCGCGCAAUCGUCACUCGAGCUCAUGUCCCCGGAGCAGCUCACAUCCGAGCUCGACAUGGUGCAGGGGCAGAUGGAGAACAUACGAGCAGUGCUCAUGUCCGGGCAACCGCUCAGCCUCGACAAGUCGCCUUUCCACAUGCACAUUGACCCCUCGCAGCCCUCGCUAGGCACCGAACAGGAUCUCCGCACCGUCUACGACGAGCUCACCACCGACCCCUACCAGCCUGCAGCCCAGGCUCCGGCUUCCGGCCCCAGUGCCCAGCCUCCAGCUUCCGGCCCCAGUGUCCAGCCUCCAGCUUCCGGCCCCAGUGUCCAGCCUCCAGCUUCCGGCCCCAGUGUCCAGCCUCCAGCUCCCAGCCCCAGUGCCCAGGCCAUCGCACCAGCGCUCAGCACCACCGGCAUCCCACUCGACGAGCUGCGCUUCCGCAACUGGGUCAGCGUCCACGAGAUGAUGAGCUUCGCGCGCGCCCACGCACAGUCCAAGAAAGACGUCAUCGAAAUGGCCAUUGUCCAGCGCGUAGCCCCCAGGGACAUACCCGAGACGCUCUCCUUCCCGAAGCUCACGCCCGCCAAAGACGCCGCCGAGCUGCGCGCCCGCAUCAAGCAGCUGCGCGCCGCCGACCCGCGCCACACGCCCGGCCAGCUCUUCCGCAAGUUCAAGAGCACCGUCGACGACGGCACGCCCGCGUUCCACAACCGCGUCGACGAGUUCAAGGACCGCGCCACCGAGCGCAAGAUCCACAAACACGUCACCAAGAACUUUGCCAUCCGCAAGGCUGCCUCGGAGACGCCCGCCGACGUCUUCGAGCCCAUGGCCCGCGAUCCGUCGACGAGCCGCUGGGUCACCAAAAGCGCACUCCGCAUCUCAAAGGUCGCCGGCUACGACAAGUACAGACCUGCGCCCGCGAAGCAGGCCAGCUUCGAGGCAUACGGUGACGGGAAGCCUGGUGACGGGAAGCCUGGUGACGAGAAGCCUGGUGACGGGAAGCCUGGUGACAAGAAGCCUGGUGACAAGAAGCCUGGUGACGAGUCUGCGGCGGCGUCUGUUGACAAGUCUGCGGCGGCGUCACAGUCACAGUCCAAGACCGCCGACGCCGAUGCCGCGCCGUCGACAUCGUCGUGAGCGAUACCAUUGCACAAUUCCGCGUCAAACGAUACCCAAGACCCCAUGUAAAAUAGAGCCGUGUAACAUCUGUACAAUACCAAACAUCUGCGUCCUACGGUCACGCGACAUGCGAUGAGGUGAAAUGAGCUGAGACGAGACCGCCUUGACAACCUCUAUUCGCCUUCUCGUACUCUACACCCACCAUCCACCGUCCGCCCCACCAUCCACCGUCC